AUGAUAUUUUAUACGACUAACUUCAUAACGCUGGGGGUGGCGUGUAGCUUUCUCUUUUUCCAACAGCGCUCGAAAGACGUCAAGGAUUCAGAUCGAAUUGUAGUGGGCGCUUCUGACGCUGGAGUAGUGGCCACGUUGAAGGAUGCGACAUCGAAAUUCGCACGACUUUAUCUUGUGGUCUAUGCCCUGACGAUGGGCGCGGACUGGCUUCAGGGGGCGCACAUCUAUGCUUUAUAUCGCGAGCAGAUGGGAUUCUCGGAGGAGACGGUGGCCAGCUUCUUUACAGCGGGAUUUCUGUCCGGCGCCGUGAGCGCGUAUUUCGUCGGCAGCUUGGCGGAUAGACUCGGGAGACGGCUGAUGUGCCUCACGUACUGCGUUGCCUACACGCUCUCGUGCCUCUCCACGCUGUACCGGUCCACGGCGGUGCUGUAUGGCGGCCGGCUGCUCGGCGGCGUGUCGACGUCCAUCCUGUACAGCUGCUUCGAGUCGUGGAUGGUGACAGAGUUCCAUUCCCGGGGGCUCGCCCAUGGGGGUGCGCUCAGCCGAUUGUUUGGCGUGCUGACGGCGGCGAACUCGGUGGUGGCGAUUGCGGCGGGAGUGUCGAGUGAGUGGCUGGUGGGCGUGACGGGGACGAGGGAGAGCCCGUUUAUGGCGGCGUGUGUGUUGCUGGCGGUUGCGUUUGUGGUUAUGUUGGUGACUUGGAACGAGAAUUAUGGUUCGAAAUCAAGCACCCCCGGGAGUGCCGUAUCAAGGAAUGCACUCUCUGUGGUUUUCAACGACAAGCGCAUCCUCGCCCUCGUGGCCGCAUCCUGCUGUCUCGAGGCCUCCAUGUAUAUCUUCGUCUUCCUCUGGUCGCCCUCCCUGCAGGCCGUCAACCCCCGCGGCGACACACUCCCCUACGGCAUCAUCUUUGCCAACUUCAUGGCGUCCAUGAUGCUCGGCUCGUACCUCUUCAACCUGCUCGCCGGGCGGGUGAUCGGGCACCCGCGGCUGCUCGUGUGGGUGUUUGCGGCGGCCGCGGCGGCGCUGUACACGGCCGUGUAUGCGCGGAGCGAGUAUGCGGUCUUCUAUGCGUUCUGCGUGUUUGAGGCGUGCGUGGGCAUGUAUUUCCCCGCGAUGGGCGUGCUGAAGGGCCGCAUUGUGGGCGAUGCGCAGCGCGCGGGAGUGUAUGGCGUGUUGCGGAUUCCGCUGAAUGUGGUGGUGGUGGCGGCGUUGGGGGCGGUGGGGCGGGUGGAGAGGGAGAGUUUGUUGUUGGGUUGUUGUGCGAUGUUGGUGGCGGCGUGUGGGUUCGUCGGGCAUUAUAUUGACUAG